AUGCGUUUCUUCACCGUACUCAGCAGCCUCGCUCUCGCGGCCACUACCUUCGCCGCCCCUUCCAUCGUCGUCCACAACAACUGCGACUUCGACAUCUUCGUCACCUCAGUCGGUCAAACAACUGGCAACACAAACACAGUACAACCCGACACUCUCUGGACCGAAGAGGAGUACUUCCAGGGCAUCGGCACUGCGAUCAAGAUCGGCCGAACCGCCGCUGCUCUCUGGACUGCCAAGCCUACGCUGCACUUCAGCUACACCUACAAUAAGGGUCAGAGCAUCUACUACGACCUUAGCACUGCCUUUGGCUUCGACUUCUGGGGCGAGAAGAUCACCGUCAAGGGUGAUAAGGAUAAGGAUGUUCCUUCUAUUGAGUGGGAUGGUGCACCGGAGCCGAAUCACACCUUGUCCUACUCUGGCGAGACUGGUCUGACGCUCGAGGUUUGCGCUGCAUAG